CUAUUACAAAGGACUGAAAGUGGAAGGAAAGCUUUGGUUUAUACUAAGUUAAUGUAACUUAUAUUAUGAAAAUUUACUCAAAAUCAUCAAUAAUCAAACGCAGAAGAUAAAUAUUUACUCCACAAUAUUCAUUGUUUGUUAAUAUGUUUUUGUCCUAUUAAUAAAAUAAUGGAUAAUAAGAGUCAAACUGCUUUCCAGAGUAUGGAGUACCAUGUUUGUGGGAAAAUUGCAAAAGUAGUUGUUAACAGACUGGAAGAUGUAUCAACACCUAGACCACAAAUCAAAGUCCAGGUUAAAGUUGAGAAACAGGAAAGUACUUUUGAUGACAGUUGGAUUGGAGCUGCACGUAGUGAUACAGCUACUCAGCAGAUCAAGAUCGAGAAGCAGGAGGAUGAAUUUGGAGAAUGUGAAUUUGCAGCUAGCAACGUCAAAGAUGAGUCAUCCUCACACAAUGGUUCAACUUCCAAUCAGAUGGCGAGAGUUAAGCAGGAGAAUGAUAGCAGCCAAGAACCAGCGCCAGAGUGCAGCACUGCAUGCUCUCCAACUGAUGGUGAUUUCAGCCAACAACAUUAUCUAAUCCCUGGCUAUAAUCUAAUAUUCAUCAAAGAGGAAGAAUAUGCUGAGCAAGAGGCAGAAGGAUGUUCAGUGGAGAGUGAACCGGAGAUGUGGCCUUCAAACUGCAGCACAUCUGAAACUGCCAAUGCAACAGAAGUGGGUGAACUGAAUGAACAUUCAAUCUCUCCAGUGGAAAAGUGCACUGAGCCAUCUGUGACUGGCAAAAAGAUCAAGCUCUACAGCUGUGCUGACUGCAGCUUAGAAACUACACGGUUCAGUCAUUUGAAGAGACACAUGAGAAAACACACUGGGGAAAAGCCUUUCAGUUGUGAGUUAUGUGACUAUAAAUGUGCUCAAUUAACUACUUUGAAGAAACAUAUCAGAACACACACAGGAGAAACACCUUUCAGCUGCGAGUAUUGUGACUACAAAUGUGCUCGGUCAAGUACUUUGAAAUCACAUAUCAGAACACAUACAGGAGAAACACCUUUCAGCUGCGAGUUUUGUGACUUUAAAUGUGCUCAGUCAGGUAAUUUGAAAUCACAUAUCAGAACACACACAGGAGAAACACCUUUCAGCUGCGAGUAUUGUGACUAUAAAUGUGCUCAGUCAGGUAAUUUGAAAUCACAUAUCAGAACACACACAGGAGAAACACCUUUCAGCUGCAAGUAUUGUGACUAUAAAUGUGCUUGGUCAAGUACUUUGAAGGGACAUAUCAGAACACAUCAUGAAGGAGAAACAAGUACUAGCUGAAAAUGUGUGACUUUACAUGUACUCAUUCAAAUUUAUUUUACUGUGUUUCUUAGGGUGGUCACUAAUAACAGGACAAGUGUGUUGAACAUGUGUGUACACUCAUGUCGCCAUUCAUUGUUGUGUCAUCACAGCUAAAGGCUUCAAACAACAUUUUUUGAGGUUCUGAGUAUUGGCCCACACCUUGGCUCUAUUCAAAUUGCCAGGGUCACCCUGGGCUGGCGUCUGUGGAGGGGCGGAGUUGGGGAUGCUGCUCACAGUGUGGUGUGUGCCGGCCGGUGGUUGGAGCGGCCUUUUGGGGACAGCUGGGCUACCCGCAGUGUUCGGUGUCCUCCAGAUACACCACGGUUGUCAUCUCACAAGACUGAAAUUCUCUCCUUUCUGAGAGGUGAUAGGCCAUGCUUUUGCACUACCUGGAGGGAAAGGGAGUCGCUAGGAGUGGUGGGAGAGUAGUGGCAGUCAUCACUGUCCUUGUAGUGCAUGGCAACAGGUCAAAACUUAUCAGAAAUGGUCCAGGUGUCUUCCGGACCUCAAACGAGUCUUUGUGGCUGAUUCCGGUUUGCCUCCAGAUCAAGUGGUGUUCGGUUCGUCAUCUUAGGGACCCCUACGGGUGGCAACAGGUCACCUAACCUGUUUUUUAAUAAAUUAAUUAUUCAAACUUAAAUAGUGCAGCAAAGAA